GCUUCAGGUUCAUGCUUACGGUGGCUCACAGCGUUCCGAAAACUCCCGAGCACGAGGAGACGAUCCACAAGGCGCAGUACAACGUCGCCAGGGCUUACUUCAUGGGAUUCGGCGCGCCGAGCAGCGAGGACGACGGACGAAGAUGGCUGGACCGAGCCGCCGCCGACGGCACCCGCCGGGGCAGCGUCAAGGCGCAGACCAUGCUGGCCAUGCUGUUCGCCCGGAGGGACACCCUGGACUUGGAGAAGUCCUUCCACUGGCACUCGGAGGCCACCGGCAACGGCAGUCUGGAGUCACAAGGUGCGCUGGGCGUGAUGUACUUGUACGGUCUGGGGGUGCGGAGGGACCUGGUCGCAGCCCGCCUCUGCUUGACGCAGGCGGCGCGGCGCGGCAACAUCUACGCGACCGGCCAGCUGGCGCUCUUCUACUACCGCUUCCGCUUCUACCAGCACGCCGUGCGCUUCGGCACGCACCUGGCGCGCUUCGAGGCGGCGGACGUGGCGGAGCUGGCGCGCCAGUCCGAGUGUCUGCCCGGCUACGUGCGCCGCGGCCUGGCUACCGGCUGUUACGUGCUGUCGCGCUGCCAGCUGCUGGGCCAGGGCGGGCUGGCGGCCGACGGCGAGCGCGGCCGCCUCCUCGGGGGCCGAGCCGCAGAACUCGAUGCGGCCACGGCCGACCGGCUCCAGCGGCUCUUCGUGAACGGGCCCUGGAGCUGCGCCAGCUAUCCCGACUUGGGCGUCGAGGUCUAGCGGCGGCUGGGCGUCCCGGCUGGUCGUCGAUGUCCCUCGCGGUGCUGCGGGUCCCGGUUCCCCACACCCGGCGAAAACGGCACGGUUUUGUAGUGCUUGCCGCUUGUCCAGCAUUGAUAGUGCUUAUGAAACGGAUAGGAAGCAGUGUUAUCGGCACAAAUAGAUAUUUACAUGCAUAUGCGUGGUUGCA